AUGUCGUCGCCGCCCGCCGCGCCGGGCCCGGCUUCGCCGCCGGGGAACCGCACGGCCCCGCCCCCGGCCUCGGCUCCGCCCGCUACCAACUCGACGCCCCCUUCGCCGCCGGCGCCAGCGGCAUCCUCGCCGCCGCCCUCUUCUCCCCUGCCACCGCCGUCGACGCCCGCCGCGCCGCCCCCGUCCUCCGGCACCACUCCCGCGACGCCCUCCCUCCCGCCUCCCACGGCCCCCGGGGCGCCCGCCGCGCCGUCUCCCCCGUCGACCACGCCGUCCCCGCCGACCGACCGUCCGACGCCGUCCGCCCAGGCCUCGCCGCCGCCGCCGAGCUCGGCGCUCAACACGGCCACGGUGGCGGGGAUCGCGGUGGGCGGGCUGAUCGCGCUGCUGCUCGCCAGCCUGCUCUGCUUCUGCAUGCUCAAGAAGAAGAGGCGGCACCACCCGCACCACCCUCCGCCUCCCCCGCCGCCCCACCACCUGCACUACUACGGGCACCCGCCGCCGCCGCCGCCCCCGCCGCCGUUCAAAGGGGAUCAAUAUGGGUGGCAGCAUAAUGCCCCUCCACCACCCCCUGAUCAUGUCGUGAAGAUGAAUUCACAUCCUUCCUCUAAACCGCCACCUCCUCCGGUCAAUGUAAACAGCAGUGGUUCGGGUUCACAUUUCUCAGGUGGUGGUGAGAACAGACCCCUGCAAUCACCGUUUGGCAACGCCCUCAGCUUCUCGAAAUGCACUUUUACUUAUGAAGAGUUGGCCGUGGCGACCAAUGAAUUCUCCGAUGCUAAUCUUCUCGGGCAAGGUGGUUUUGGGUUUGUUCACAAAGGGGUGCUGCCAGAUGGCACAGAAGUUGCCAUUAAGCAAUUGAGAGAUGGAAGUGGGCAGGGAGAGCGUGAGUUCCAGGCAGAGGUUGAGAUUAUCAGCCGAGUACAUCAUAAACAUCUCGUGACGUUAGUUGGUUAUUGCAUUUCUGAAGACAAGAGGUUGCUUGUCUAUGAGUUUGUUCCCAAUAACACAUUAGAAUUCCAUUUACAUGGAAGGCGUGGACCAACUAUGGACUGGCCUUCAAGACUACGUAUUGCUUUGGGUUCUGCGAAGGGAUUGGCGUAUCUUCACGAAGACUGUGAGCUCACACACACAUACCUACUCGUUAUGCUUUUCUUUUUCUUUUUCACGUUCAAAAAGGUAUGUAGCUGUUCUGUCAUGAUUUUAUUUCUGUACUUCGUAGGCCAUCCAAAGAUCAUUCAUCGUGACAUAAAGGCAUCAAAUAUUCUUCUGGAUUACAGAUGUGAAGCUAAGGUGGCAGAUUUUGGACUUGCAAAGUUAACCUCUGAUAAUAACACCCAUGUUUCCACCAGAGUAAUGGGCACAUUUGGGUACCUUGCACCAGAGUAUGCUUCUUCUGGCAAGCUAACUGAGAAAUCAGAUGUCUUUUCUUUUGGAGUAAUGCUUCUCGAGUUAAUAACUGGGCGCCGUCCUGUAAGUUCAAAACAAGCGCAUAUGGAUGACAGCUUGGUUGACUGGGCAAGGCCUUUGAUGACACAAGCACUCGAGGAUGGUAAUCACGAUGCUUUAGUGGAUCCCCACUUAGGAAUCGACUUCAGUGAUAACGAGAUGGCAAGGAUGAUCGCCUGCGCAGCCGCAUGCGUACGCCAUUCUGCACGGCGACGUCCACGCAUGAGCCAGGUUGUUCGGGCCCUGGAAGGCGACGUGUCGCUGGACGAUCUGCACGAAGGCGUCCGGCCUGGCCACAGCCGGUUCAUGGGAUCGCACGCCAGCUCCGAGUAUGACACGAGCCAGUACAACGAGGACCUGAAGAAGUUCAGGAAGAUGGCGCUCGGCACCAGCAGCUUCCAGAGCAGCCAGCUAACGCCGUCCAGCGACGAGCACGAGCGCCAGGACCCGUCCGUCCAGAGCAGCGACGGUCAUCGGCAGACGCAGGAGGUGGAGUUGGGGACUACCAAGAGAGACGACGGCGACGUCGAGAGCCAGACUUCCAUGAGAUGA